UACUUGCCUGAAAAGUGAAAAUGUCAACUGAAGUCUGAAACAGUGAAAGAAACAGCUGCAAUCAUUCAUGGUCCUUCCGCUGAGUCUGUCCUCCACCAUGUAGACCUACCAGUAGAUCUACAACAAGUACAAUCUUCCCGUUGUAUGGUCGAAAUCACAAUCAGCGGCUACUGCAUGUGUGCGUGUGGAUAACAUUUAGCACAAGGCUACGAAGUUACGAGCUCUCGUCCCGGACACUGCUGAUCGCUGGCCAUGGCGGCACAGACUCAGAGCACCAGUGCUGAGUAUGAGAAGGUGAAGAGUACGAGUGCUCUGGAAGACGACGCACACCACGAUGACAAAUUUACAAGCAGCGAGGGAGAUCGCCUAUUGGCGGUGGAGGCUGAUGCAGUACGUACGAAGCGCAGAAGAGGCGUGUGUACUGUUUUUCUAGUGGUCAUGGCACUGGCUGCAGCGGUCGGCGUUGGUGCGUAUUUCCUGACCAAAGCGACGACUAACAACAAACCCAAUAAAUCUCCUCUCUUUUUUGAAGAUGUCUUCAGUCCUAGCUUUACUCCACGGUCAUUCUCUGCAGCAUGGAUGCCUAAUAGUCCCAGACUGGUGUACCUUGUCAAGAACGAAUCCGCAGUGGUCAUUACGACCAUUCAAGUCGACGGCCAGCUCUCCACCUCCCCUAGAGAUUCUGGCAAAGCGUUCUGUGUCCUACCCGAGGAGUUCACCAACCUGUCUGUUGCCACGUUUUGGCUAUCCCACGAUGAAAGGUAUGUCCUUGUCGCCGUCAACCAAAGUCAAGUGUACCGGCACUCGCGUCUUUCCGAGUACGCCGUCGUGCAGUGUGAUCAACACGACGCGCACAACUCUACCCUGCUAGGCUGGCUGCACGACGGUGCCACGCUACGCUAUGCCGCCUGGGCCAGAGCUGGCAACGCCUUGUAUUUCGUGACGGCCGGCGCCAGUCAGAUGUUCACCGUCGGUAGCGUGGACAUGCUGGAAAGCAGCACAGCCAUCUCCGAGCUUGGUAUCGACGGCGAGUUGUUCUACGGCAUACCGGACUGGCUGUACGAGGAAGAGAUAUUUUCAUCUGAUCACUCCAUGUGGCCAUCACCGGAUGAUGGGCUUGUUGCAUACACUUCUAUCAACGAGACAGGUGUGAAGUCGUUUGCCUGGACGGUGUUCGGUGACCCGAACGACGGUUAUGUCACUCAGACCGCCAUCCGCUAUCCCAAGGCGGGCAGUCCCAAUCCGUCGGUGAAGCUGCAUGUUGUGUCAGUGGCGAGUUUGUUCACAAGUGAGCUCCUGGCACCCGAACACUUGCUGAGCGUUGAGCACUACCUAAUGCAGGUUCACUGGCUAUCAUCAUCACUAGUCUGUGCACUGUGGAUGGAUAGGCUACAACAGAACGCAGUGUUUGCCGUCUACAAUAUCACGAUCGGUGACGUACCGGGUGCACCGUACUCCGCAGCGUUCACUCUCAACAUCACCUCACAGACGUGGAUUGAAAACUACCCGAUGACAUCGACCGUCGACGGCGACGCCAUCGUUGUUAAAAUGCCGCGCCCAGAAGGCCAGCGCUUUGUGCAUCUGGCGUUGAUUCGCAUCCCAGCCAGUGGAUCCAGCCUGGAGACGGUGUACUUGACGUCGGGUGACUGGGAGGUAACACAGAUCCUGUAUGUAUCUCGCAUGCAUGUUGCCUUCGAGUCCACCAUCCCUGGCCGCCAGUAUCGCCAGGUCUACCGCGUACCGAUCGAGCAGACGGACGUUGUUAAUCCCGAAUGCGUUACGUGCUCGUGCGGCGAUCCCAAGUCCUGUGGUUACAACUCCUUCUCGUUCAACCCUGGUCAGCAGUAUGUACUACAGCAUUGUCACGGACCAGGGGUACCACAGACAUUACUCUCAAACAUACAGACGAAUGGCACUGCUGUCGUCAAAGCCAUCAUGGAAGACAACCAAGCCCUGCUCAAUGCUACAAAGGAAUACUUCAUCCCAGAGCCGGAGUUCCUGACCAUUGAAGCAGGCGGAGUUAAAAUGCCGGCAAUGAGAUUGAAGCCCAGCGACGGCAGCUCCAAAUACCCGACAUUGUUCUACGCCUACAACGGUCCCCUGUCGUACAGUGUGGCUGCAUCCUAUACACUGUCGGGAACUCGAGGUCGCUGGCACGCAGAGCUCAUAGGACAGUAUGGUUUCCAGAUUAUAAUCGUUGAUGGCCGUGGUACUGGGUAUUUGGGAGAUGUAUACGGCAAAGCUCAAUAUCGACGGCUUGGCGUGGUGGAAACAGAGGAUCAGAUUGCUGCAGCACGGUAUGCAGUCGAGCACCUGAAUGCUGAUGGGAGCAAACUAGCAUUCUGGGGUUGGUCGUAUGGUGGAUACAUGGCCUCAAUGCUGGCUACGUCGGGUACAGGUGUGUACGCGGCAUGCAUAGCUGUCGCACCGGUCACAGACUGGCGGUACUACGACACCGCUUACACGGAGAGAUUCAUGCGCUUGCCAACACCAGAGGACAACUUAGCGAACUAUGCGAGCACGUCAAUAUUGAGUCGGACGGGCAGUUUCAACAACACUAAAUUCAUGUUGAUUCACGGCACGGCCGAUGAUAACGUACAUUUCCAGAACACCGCACAGCUGGUCAGGGCCAUGGUGGAGAGCGAGGUGGACUUCCGCCUUCAGUUCUACACGGAUAAAGCACACUCGCUGAGCGGGUCACACACCCAGAAGCACCUGUACCGCAACAUGGGCCAGUUCCUGCGCUCUGCCCUGAAUGUGUAGAGCUCUCAGCUUGCGUUCUCGCGUGCAGCGCAUAUGCCUGUCACUACACUGGUGCACGUGAAUAUUGUCAACGUCCCUAUCUUCGAUCAACCGUGUCAUCUCAGCCACACAUCAACAGUACAGCGUAGCUAUGUUCGAUAUUGUCAACAUUCCUGUCUUCAAUCAACCGUGUCAUCUCAGCCACACAUCAACAACAUAGCUAUGUUGAAUAGCAACUUCUACAAGUGUAAGCAGUUCUUAGCCAUUUUCUGCUGUAGGUCCCACACACACACCUCAACAAGCGCAUGCAUAGGAGUAGGUAGAUCUGAUUUACUUAUAGCUAUCAAGUACACGUAUACUGCAUAUUCGUUCUAAAAUCUAAAUUCUAAAUGGAUUUGUUUUUAUAGAUCGUUAAACGGUUGGCAGCAGUGUAAAUUAGCAGCUUGCUCCCCCCCCCCCAGUAACAUUUACUUCUGACCAUGCACUAGCCCCAUCUGAAUUCCCCCAGUGCUCUCUGUGUGUAACACUGCUGUCACCUUGUCUUUAGCUCAGCUGCUCUGUAUACGAACGUGGUGGUUUAGGAUCACUCAUCGGGUUAUUAGAUAUACCAUAUAGUCCAGCGAUAUUGCUUUCUUGAUUUCCGACGGUUCUUCUGAGAUUCCUGCCCCCAUCUAUGAUGAUGCGUGUUCUGGGGCAAGCCAAGAUUUCUGCAACGACUGGUAUCUCUUGUUUUAUCCUGUUCGGAGUUUUGGUACAAGCCCUUGAUCGAUUUGGCUCUUUUAUAUCUUUUGAAGUUUUUACCAAACCGUUUGUUUGUCCCUUAUACUCGUAAAUUGAUCGCAGAGGUUGCUACCACUAUUCUGUUUGUUUGUUUCAGUUUGAGAGUUUCAUGUUAUGCCUUUAUGAAUUGUUUUAUUCCGCUUUUCCUAUCGUUUUGGAGUCAGUUUGCCAGUCACUGGCGUCUCCUGU